AUGGACAAAAAGCAACAUUCAAAAUCGACUGCUAGUGGAUCUUCUUCAUCGUCCACAACAAAUAAACCAAAGAAAACAUUAUCAUCAUCAUCAUCAACAGCAGCAUCAGUGUCAACGAUGGGCAGAAGUGCUGCGCUUCCUCAACCUGCUCGUCGAAUUAUUCAGAAUUUUCUUCUAGUCUGGCUCGAUGCCAAUGUUGACGAGUCAAAAGAAGAUUUUCAAACUUCGCUAAAACAUUUACGACGAAUUGUAGCAUCCAUUACAACAUUCACCGAUGCUCAACAAUGUUUUGAUUUUCUUAGUGGUAUUACUAAAGAAAAAGCAUUUAUGAUCGUAUCGGGUUCACUGGGACAAAAAAUAGUAUCAGAAAUGGAAGCCAUGUCACAAUUAGAAUCCGUGUAUGUUUUUUGUGGUAAUCAAUCUUAUCAUGAACAAUGGGCCAACAAAGUAUCGAAGAUCAAAGGCGUAUAUACAAAAAUCGAACCAAUUUGUAAAGCCCUAGAAAUUGAUCGACAACGAUGUGAUCAAGCUAUGAUCUCGAUCAGUUUCAAUGGACUUGAUGCACUGUUUAUGUACACACAACUUUUGAAGGAAGCAGUCUUAGAAAUCGAAGACGACGAUGCCAAAUCGAUUAAAGAUCUCGUAGAAUAUUGUCGUCUUCAAAAUGAUAUUGUUGAUGAUGAAAUUAAAAAGGUACAACAUGAAUAUCGUGAUCAUAAACCAAUUUGGUGGUAUACGGCUCCUUAUUUCAUGUACUCAAUGCUUAAUCGUGGUCUUCGACAAAUGGAUGUCGACAUUAUUCUUAAAAUGGGCUUCUUCAUCCGCCACCUACAUCAACAUAUUACAGACUUACAUCGUGAACAGCAAAGUAGCAAAGCAGCCAUGCCAUCAAAAUUUCAAGUUUUUCGUGGUCAAGGCUUAUCCAUGGAAGCCUUUGAAAAAAUGAAGAAAACCAAGGGUGGACUUAUGUCCUUUAAUAAUUUUUUGUCGACAAGUCGUAAUCGUGAUAUUUCCUUCAAAAACUUUGCACGGCCAGCAGCAUUCGAUGCCGAUUCGGUUGGCAUUCUCUUCAUUAUGAACAUCGAUACGGCCAUUUGCACAGCAUCAUCAACACCUUUCGUCAACGUCAAAGGUGUUGGCUUCUUCGACGAUAAAGAAGAAAAAAUUCUUUUUUCGACACAUACAAUUUUUCGGAUCGAUCGUAUAGAACGUAUUGAAGAUAAGCAUACCGAUCGUCUCUGGCAAGUCAAUCUCACUCUUGCUGGUAAUCAAGAUGAUGAUUUUAACAAACUAACAGCACAUUUAAGCAAAGAGCAUAGUUGGGCAACAGGUUGGGCUCGAUUGGGUUCUAUUCUUAUUGCUUUGGGUGAGCCUGCAAAAGCAGAACAUCUCUAUCAGCUGCUCCUUGAAAGGACAUCUUCUGAUGGAAAUCGGGCAAACUACAACUUAAAACUCGGAUGGGUGUAUGAUGUCAUAGCAGAAUACUCGAAGGCAAUAGCAUUUUACGAAAGAGCAAUCGAUAUCUACAAGAAAAUGAGCCCUUCGAAUCAGCUCGACUUGGCUGCUUCCUACAACAACAUCGGUAAUGUGUAUGCUAAAAUGGGCGAGUACUCGAAAGCACUUUCAUCGUACGAACGAUCACUUGAAAUCCGAAAAAUAGCUCUCCCUCCGAAUCAUCCCGACUUCGCUCAAUCCUACAACAAUAUCGGUUUGGUGUAUAGAAACAUGGGCGAGUACUCGAAAGCACUUUCAUCGCACGAACGAGCAUUUGAUAUCGACAAGAAAGUUCUCCCUCGAAAUCAUCCCGAUUUGGCUUCUGACUACAACAACUUCGGUUCGGUGUAUGAUAACAUGGGCGAGUACUCGAAAGCACUUUCAUCGUACGAACGAUCACUUGAAAUCCAAAAAAUAGCUCUCCCUCCGAAUCAUCCCAACUUGGCUGGUUCCUACGAAGGUAUCGGUAUCGUGUAUAGAAACAUGGGCGAGUACUCGAAAGCACUUUCAUCGUAUGAACGAUCACUUGAAAUCCAAAAAAUAGCUCUCCCUCCGAAUCAUCCCGACUUUGCUCAAUCCUACAACAACAUCGGUUUGGUGUAUUAUAACAUGGGGGAGUACUCGAAAGCACUUUCAAAUUACGAAAAAGCGCAAGAAAUCUUCCAAAAAUCACUACCUACAAAUCAUCCACAUAUUGCACUUGUGAAAAGUAACAUUGAAGAUGUAAAAAAGAAAAUGUAA